UCAACUAUCUUCGGUUGCUGCUUGGAUGAUUGCCAUUAUCAUCGUAUGGUCUACCAUCAGAAAUGUAGCGCUUUCUCUUCCUGGCGCUUCUCGUCGCUGAUUUGCGGCAGUCUCAAAGAGCUCUAUGGAAAUUCGGUGGAAGCUUAUACGUAUAGCAGGGCCAAGAUGCAGAUGUCAACGUCCACUUUGGCUUAAUUGACUUCCAUGAGACCGUUCAAACCCAUUGAACCUGCCGUUCCCGUGACUCGGAAGUUUGAAUAUGUCAAUAAUCCGAAUACCGGCGGAGGUUGUGGUAUCUACAGUCAAAACAGCCUAGGUAGAACCGAAUGCGGAGGGAGAUACAGACGCGAACCCCGCAGUAGGAGCCCCGCCCUACUGUGUAUCUCUUGGACGAAGGCAGGGGACGAACAUCUCCCGAAGGUGUACCAAAUUGGCCAGCAAUUGAACUUGUUCACCCAACGCAGCCGGUACAUUUCCUCGCCAUCUGCCGUCAGGUUAUUACAGUUGACCUCGAGUAUGUGGCGGCCGGAAAGUGGUUCGGAGCUGCGCAUCAACUUUGAUUUCUUAGUGUUUACUGUGUGUCAUCGGAUUUGCUUUAAAAGUGUUCGGGUUGACUUAGUCCGAGCUUCCACCUGUAUCCCCACUGACUCGGCAUGCCUUUCCUCCCCUUCGUACUUCAAAACUCCUGAAGCAUCAUAUCUCUUCACUGAACAUAGCCGUUCACGUCACUUCGGUUUACCAACUCCGUACAAUGUCUUCCGGUAACCCAACUUCCAAGAUGCUGGCGGCCAAUUCGUUGAAGUAAAUCUUCACCCAGGAAAGCCGCCCUGCUAUGGGUGUCUGGCAGAUGCUACCCGGGGCCAAUAUCUCGAGGAUUCU